AUGGUUUUGGUUCAAUCAUGGUCACCCCAUCAGGUGUUGCAACCAAUAUCACAGAUCGAGCCUCCAUUGCAGGGGUUCCGUGAUGCUGGGUACUCGAAAGCAGAUUUUGAAAUAACCGUGCAAGAUAUUAUAUACGGUAUGUGGAGGGCUAAAGAAAGAGGAAUGAUAGAUUUGACAAGCUUCAAUUUAGAAGAGUACGAGCAAUAUGAAAGAGUCGACCAAGGUGACUUUAAUGUUGUGUCCAAAGACUUUAUUGCAUUCGCAUCUCCACAGCAAAGUAUGAGAGGCGGAAAGCCGGGGUCGCUUAAUGAGCCAUUCAAAAAGGUUCUAAAUUAUUUCAUGCUUAAUAAUGUACAGCUAGUGGUUAGAUUGAACUCACACUUAUAUGAUGCUAGCGAAUUUACGAAACGAGGUAUUCAACAUAUCGAUAUGAUCUUUGACGACGGUACAUGCCCAACCUUAGAGUAUGUUCAGAAAUUUAUUGGCGCUGCGGAGUGUGUUAUAAAUAAAGGUGGUAAGAUUGCAGUUCACUGUAAGGCUGGUUUAGGUAGAACUGGGUGUCUAAUUGGUGCGCAUUUAAUCUAUACCCAUGGGUUUACUGCCAGUGAAUGUAUCAGUUAUAUGAGAUUAAUCCGUCCAGGUAUGGUAGUUGGACCCCAGCAACAUUGGCUAUACUUACAUCAAAAUGAUUUUAGGGAUUGGAGACAUACAAUGUGCCUAGACAAUAGACCUGAUGAAAUGAUUGGUGGAUUAUAUUCAUUGGUUCCAUAUGAAGACUUUAAAGCGAGAAUGAAAUUAGAAGCUAAACAGAGAAGGUUACAACAACAGCAACAAAUAAACUCUUCAGUAAGUCAUAUGGAUUCGUCGUUCCACACCCCGAUUAGAAGAAGAAAAAUAAGUGGCGCCUUAGCUGCAAAAAUUCAGACAGCGGUACCAAUGGAAUCACCUGGUCAACCUAGAAAGUACAAGGAAGAUGAUAGCUCGGGGGUUGUAGAAAUAAUUAACAAUUCCGAUGAAGAAAACGAUAUUAACAAUGGAACUGUGUCAAUGCAAGAUAUCCAAAGCCCUGUAAGAAAAUCAACAUAUGAGCCCCAAGGCCAAAUUCAAGAUGCUGAAAUACAAGAUGUUGAGGGUACCAUAGCAAACAAUAAAAGAGAUCAAAGUGGCAAUGAUUGGAAAGUAUUGCGUUCUAUCUCUGUAAAUGCAGGUAACCUGCCGGUACUGUUGACAAAGACAACUACAACCACCACUACAAGGACUGUAAGUACUACGUUAUCUUCUUCGCCGCACUCUUCACCAACUCAAAAUAUUAAAAUCCCAAAGUCCAGGUCUCAUUCAAGAGUUAACUCAGGUAUGAUCCCAUCUAAGAACAUCAAUAAUAGGGUCCAUUCUGCUGGUAUUAGAAAAGUGAGUGGCACCAAUGGAAGAAAGUGUUAA